AUGAUGCGAGGCGGUCCACACACCCCACUCCCCAUGACGCUCGACAUCGCGGGCUACACGGCUGCGCAGCGACAGCGGCUGGAGGAGAUUCGGCGCGCGACGGAGAAGGAGUACCAGCUGCUCGCGCUUCACGCCGGCAAACUGGCGCACUGCACGGACACCACUACUGCGAAACAGGACGACGGUGCUCUACUACAGACACCCCAACUGGGUGGUGGCCGGUGGGUCUCGCUCAACGACAAGGCGAUGGAGUUGCACGCAUUGGACGAAAAGUUGACCUUAGAAGAACGCGAGAUGGAGCGGCAGGAGUUUGAACUCGAGCGGCGUUUUCACACCGCUGAAAGACGCAAAGAGGAGUUGCUGUCGCAGCUUGCCCUCCUGCAGCACCGGGAGGCGUUGCUGAAGAAGCAGGAAGAGCAGUUGGACGAGGAAGAGUCGGGUUCGGAGAGGGCGUCCAGGCUGCUGGACACUUUUGCGCAGGAGAUGGACGAGGAGCGGCGCGCCAGCCAUACCCACGUCAAUGAGAAGCGCGGACGCCUCGGCGCAGCCAAAAUGGCCGCUGCCGAUAAACAGAAGAAGCGGGACGCGCUUGAGUCGCGCACCCGUGCGCAGAUCAGCGAGACGCAGGACCGCAUUAGGGAGCAUCGCGUGGAGAUGAUGCGGCGUGGCGGCGCACUUAACGACAAGGAGCGGUGGCUACGGCAGGAGCAGUCAAGGCUGCGUGAGGAGGAGCUGGCUGCCAUCUACCGUCUGCGAAAGGAGAUUGACUCCAUGGCGGUGACUCUUACGGGUGAGUUCGCACGCCAGUGA